AUGUCAACGCCGAAGGUCGUCGCCUCUGCGACCCGCCAGAUCAACGGCGUCGUCGUAUCCGCAGGCCUGAUGCAGAAGACAGUCAAGGCGAGAGUCGGCGUGCAAAAGUGGAAUAAUGUUAUCAAGAAGAAAUUCAACCACUCCGAGAACCUGCUCGUCCACGACCCGGCCUCCUCCCUGCGCGUCGGCGACGUCAUCUCCAUCUCGCCCGGCUGGCGGUACAGCAAGCGCGUGCACCAUGUCGUGAACAGCAUCGUUGCGCCCUUCGGCGACCCGAUCGAGAGCCGGCCCGCCGUGCCGACGCUGGAGGAGAGGAUCCGCGCCGUGGAGGCGAAGCGGGAGAAGAAGGCGGCGAGGAGGAGGGAGAAGCGCGAGCAGGCGAAGACUGGGGAGGGGCGGGCUGUUGCGUAA